CCGAUCUCGGCUAGUGGGGUUUCUACAAACGGACCUUCGCGGAGGGGCAGGCUGGCAAUUUGAACUCUUUUCCCCUCCGAUUCCAAUUCUUUCCCUUUCUCUCUCUUUCAAUCAUUUAUUCUUUCCUUGUAUCGUCCUGACCUCUCUUCCCUCAAUUCUAAUAUUAUAUUAUCAUCAUGGCUGAGCACAACAUCGUCGUCUUUGCUGGUGACCACUGUGGUCCUGAGGUUGUCGCUGAAGGAAUCAAGAUCCUCAAGACCAUUGAGCAACACAAGCCUUCCGCCGGCAAGUUCAACCUCCAGGACCAGCUGCUUGGUGGCUGCUCUAUUGACGCCACCGGAAGCCCUCUUACAGAUGAAGCGCUCGCUGCCGCCAACGCCGCCGAUGCCGUCCUCCUCGGUGCCAUUGGCGGCCCGAAAUGGGGUACUGGAGCCGUCCGCCCGGAACAAGGUCUGCUGAAGCUGCGCAAAGAGAUGGGAACAUAUGGUAACCUGCGCCCUUGCUUCUUCGCCUCGGAUGCCCUCGUCGAUGCUUCUCCUCUCAAGCCCGAGAUUUGCCGCGGCACUGACAUUGUCAUUGUCCGUGAGCUGACUGGCGGUAUUUACUUUGGCGAGCGCAAGGAGGAUGACGGCUCCGGCACAGCUUGGGACACCGAGCCCUACUCUCGCGCUGAGGUUGAGCGCGUUGCUCGUCUUGCUGGCUUCAUGGCCCGCGGCCGCGGCGACAAGAAGGUCUGGUCUCUGGACAAGGCCAAUGUCCUGGCUACCAGCCGCCUGUGGCGCAAGGUCAUGACGGAGACGUUUGAGCGCGAGUUCCCCGAUCUCCAGAUUGAGCACCAGCUUAUUGAUAGCGCUGCUAUGAUUUUGAUCAAGAACCCUACUGGCCUCAACGGCGUUGUUGUCACAAGCAACCUCUUUGGCGAUAUCAUCAGUGACGAGGCGAGCGUUAUCCCCGGCAGCAUUGGCUUGCUGCCUAGUGCCAGUUUGAGCGGCAUUCCUGAUGGCAAGAGCAAGUGCAACGGUAUCUACGAGCCCAUUCACGGUUCUGCCCCAGACAUCUCCGGAAAGGGCAUUGUCAACCCCCUCGGCACCAUCCUGUCGGUAGCUAUGAUGCUCCGCUACUCUCUCAACUUGCCUGCCGAAGCCAAGGCUGUCGAAGAUGCUGUCAGAAAUGCCAUUGACGCUGGUCUGAGAACAAAGGAUAUGGGUGGUAACGCCGGCACCAGGGAGGUUGGCGAUGCUGUCGCUGCUGAGCUCGCCAAGCUGCUGCAAGCUUAAGUAAUGUUAUUUGUUUUGGAAUCAAAAUGACGUAUAUGGGAGAAUAAAAAAAGAGAUAUGACAGGGUCAGAUUACCUGAUUAUGAUGCAAUACGACAUGUAUUUUGAACGACAUAUAGUGGCCAUGUUGGCUCUGACAAGAAUGACUGUUUUUACAAUAUAGGUUGAAUUCACCAGUUAUUAGUGCGACACAGAGUAUAGAAAUUGCAAGUCGAUUUUU